CUUUUGUUCAAUUUUACUUUUCUUUUUUCUUUUUCUUAACCAAAAAAAAUUGUUUUUUUGUUCCUUUAUUCUCUUCUAUUAUUUGCUUAUAAUAAUGAUUAGCUCUAUGCGUAUAUUGUCCAGGUCGUCCAGGUCGUCCAGGUCGUCAGCUCUGGUAUCAAAGUGUCUCCAACAACAGCAGAGACACCGCCUUGUUAGCGGCAAAUUCGAGCCAAUGCGUUUCUACCAGACCUCCGAAUCGCCCUCACAAUGGACAACCAAGCUGGUCUACGAAGGAUCACUGACCAAGGCGGCCAAAGUAAUGAAACUCGCCUCCGUCGCAUCCCUAGUUGGUGCCUCCGCCGCAGUUCCUCUUUUCUUCUCCGGCGACAGCGACGUGCCCUCCAGCGCCCGCACCAUCCUGGCACUCACCACCAUUGGCAUGACAGCAUCAUCCACAGCUAUUGUGACUUGGGCGCUCAAACCGUAUAUUACCUCUCUCUAUACGCUCAACCAAAAUGGCGCAGAGGAAGUGGUGGAUGGUGGUCCGGUGAUUGUGGAGACUAUGACUUUUUUGGCUCAGCCUAGAACUAGACUCGUAUUCCCAGAACAGUUGAGACCGGCGACUCUGCCGAUGACUUCAUGGGUUGUUGUUGAUGCGGAUGAGCGGAUGAAGAGCAUUGCGCAAGGAAUUUUGGCCCAGAUUAAUGCAGGAAGGAAAAGGGAUCUGGUCAAGUUGGCUGGCGAAGGCGAUCUGUUCUACGCUCAUACUCAGGGACCCGUAUCCGCUGAAAUGCAAAAGAUCAUUGCGUCCGCACCGUGCCAAGAAUAAAAUAACAAAACAAAACAAAACCAACAAAAUUUAUAUAUAUAUAUAUAUAUAUAUUCUCAUUUUCACAGCGUAAACGAUAAAAUAAAAUGAAAAGUGUUUUGG